GCAACGCGCACCGCCGCUCCGCGCAAGCUCGGAUAGGUUCCGGCAGACCCGAGAGAUCCCCCGGCAACCAUGAAGGACGCUACGUCUAUCUGGGCCCAGCUAUCGGCGAUGGUGAACGAGAGCCCCGGAGGCGAGGCCAAGAGCCUCAGACGCAACUCCUCCGUCGUGGUGAACCGGUUCUUCGGCAACGCCGUGCCUCUGCGCGCCGACGGCAGGCCCAACUGGUCCAGGCGUAUCUUUUUCUUGAUGACAAUCGGUCUGAUGGGGUUAGUAACAGGUUGCUUAUUAUUGUUCUUGCAACCUUAUGAAGCUCUCUUUAAAUGGAAGGCAACGUUCGGGCCAGGUGGUGAAAUUUAUGAGAUUUGGAGGUUACCACCAGUCGAUCUCUACCUCAAAGUUUACCUCUUCAACAUAACAAACCAUGAGAAAUAUAUAAAUGGAAAGGAUUUCAAACUAAAAUUUGAACAAAUUGGACCUUACGUAUACAAAGAACUCUUAGAGCAUGGGAACGUCACAUUUAAUGAUAAUGGAACAGUGACAGCUGUACCAUUUCAUCCUUUGCAAUUCAUUCCGCAAUUAAGCAAUGGAACAGAAGAAGAUAUUGUCAUAAUGCCAAAUAUAGCAUUAUUGAGUAUCGCUAAUGUUAUCAAAGAUGCAUCGAUGAUAACACGCUGGGGCUUAAAUGUACUAAUUCGGCAAACGGAUUCGAAACCCCUAGUACAUAUGACAGCCAAGGAAUUCAUGUUCGGUUAUAAAUCAACCCUUGUUACUCUUGGUAACAACGUUAUGCCCAGUUGGAUCAAAUUCGAUCGUUUGGGACUCAUCGACAGGAUGUAUGAUUUUAAAGGAGACAUUGAAACAGUUUAUACUGGUGAAACCGAUGCCCGAUUAACAGGCUUGAUUGACAAAUACAAUGGAGCUGAAACUCUACCACAAUGGCCUGGAGAAUGUGCAAAUGUACAAGGUGCGAGCGAUGGUGCCAAAUUUCAAAGUUAUAUAGAACCAAAUCAGACUUUGAAGUUUUUCAGAAAAAGUCUCUGUCGCAGCGCAAUAAUGGUUCGUACUGGUGAAAAAGUUGUAAAAGGGCUGUAUUCAUACAAAUACAAAUUUAGGGAUCACGAAUUAGAUAACGGACAAAUAAAUCCGGAGAAUAAAUGCUUUUGCAGACAAGACUUUUGUUUACCUUAUGGACUCGUUGAUGUCACUGACUGCUAUUAUGGUUUUCCAAUUGCUCUUUCGUAUCCACACUUUUUUGAAUCGGAUCCAACGCUCCUCAAUGCAGUAGAGGGUCUGAACCCCAAUCCAAAGGAACAUGAAUCUUACUUCUACAUCCAGCCAAAAUCUGGUAUUCCUGUAGAUCUUGCUUUCCGCUUUCAAAUAAAUAUGGCUCUACAAGAUAUAAGUUCAAUAGAGAAUGUAGAUGGUUUUUCGAAUUUGGUUCUCCCUUUACUAUGGUUUGAAAUUGGAAUGUAUGAGUUACCAGAUUAUUUAAAUACUAAGUUCUUCUUUUACCUCAAUAUUCUACCAAUUAUGCAAGAGAUCGCAAUUUAUGGCCUCUUUCUGGCAGGCACCAUAUGCUUAGUCUGGAGUGUAACGAAAAUUCUGACCUACAGACCCGCAAAUACAAGUAUCUCUAGCCAGUGGUUAGAUUCUGAGCUGCAGCGCAAACGCAUGAACUACUUGAACGAUAAACCAAUUUCCAGAAAUAGUAAAAAAUUGGACAUGUAUUUUAAUUCGCUACUCAGCACCAAAGAUGAAGAAAUAUUAGAACCAUCGGCUCUCGAGGAGUUAGUCAAUCUUAAAGAAGCUAUUGUCUGAGUCAAAAUGCCAUAUUCUAGAUCAAUUAUAACAAAUAAUAAAAAUCCGUCUCUUUUUGGUUCUUUGAAGAAAAUUUUGCAAGGUUAAACGAAGAGACACACAAUUACUGCACGAAGCUACUUUGAUAAAAAAAAAAUAGAAUCACCUGAAAUACUCAUUAAUAGUGUUAUCCCCUUCCAAAGAGAAUUUAAUUAUUUUUUAUUAAUGCACUAUUUAAUGAGUCUGUGCUUUGUUCUAUUUUAGCAUAGCUCCCUGUUGUA